AUGGACUUUUUAUCAAUUUUAAGAUCAUGUAUCACAGGAAUGGUCCCAGUUACUUUAGUAACAUUUUCAGGGGCUUAUCUCGCUAAAAAAGACAUUUUCAACAAAGAAGCUAACGAACUUAUAUCAAAAAGCUGCGCAAGGUUCUUUUUUGUAGUUCAAAGCUUUGCAACAAUUCCAAAAUCUGUGAAGCUUUCAAGUCUAGUAGAAUUAUGGCCAAUCCCUGUGAUUACUUUUCUAAUAAUCAUAAUUGGGCUGAUUUUAUCAUUUUUGUCCUUAUACUUCUUAAAGCCGCCUACUCACUUCAAGUUUACCACUUUAUCGAUACUUGUAUUUACAAAUGGAGGAAAUAUCCCUUUUUUAAUUAUGAAAGGAAUUUGUGCGUCUUAUGGGCCUUUGGCUGGAGAUGAUAAAUGUGAUGAGUAUCCUGGGUAUAUAGCGUUAGUUAUUUUUGUAUGCAGCAUUUUAAUAUGGUCAAUUUGUAUUGCUUUUAUUAAAGCUGACGAACAAGAAACCAGAAAAAUAGAAGAAUUAGCUAGUUUAACUGAAAAUAAGUCAGCUGAAAGCUCACUAAAAGACCUUAUGAUAAGAGGCAUGUUUUCGCCAGUCCCAAUUUCAUGCAUUUUAAGCUUAAUUCUGGCUCUGAUUCCGGGGUUUGAUUGAUUAUUUGUCCACAAAACAUCGCCGCUUUACUCAAUAUUUGAUUCUUUAUUUGUGGUAGCUUAUGUGGGUGUGGUGGUAAGCCAGAUGAUUAUAGGGAGCAACUUAUAUAUGAUGGAGAAGGCUGAUUAUGGGAUUUCGAAAUUUUAUAUUAUUUCGACUACUUUGAUGAAAAAUGUCAUUUAUCCUUGCUUUUGAUUGCUGCUUACACUUUUGCUAUGAAACUUAGGAUGCUAUGGAAAUAAUAAAGUGAUGGCAUAUAUCAUUUAUAUUGCUCAAGCAACGCCAGUAGCGUCGACUGUGCUUAUGCAAUGCCAGCUUGUAAGUUCGGGAGUAAAAGAUUGCACUGUGAUUUUAUUAUGGCAGUAUAGCACAAGCCCCAUUUUAGAUCCCUGAGGACAAGUGCUUUUAGAUAAAAAAUUUAAAUUUUAAAUUAAGGAAAAAUCUGAAAAGUCAAUUUUAAAAAACUGACAAAUAGGACAUAUAUAAUGGCAUUUUCAAAUUGAUAUUUGACUUUUUGGAAUUUUUUUGGAAUUUCAAAAUAAUUUUUUCUUUGAAGGGCAUUUUCCUUGAAAAUCUAUAGGGGAGCACGCGCCAUACAUUACAGCUCCUAUUACUUUAACAGUGUUCACUUAUCUAUUCUUUAUAAUUAUUUAA